AUGACUGCACAGUUGACCUUCAACCUGGUGCCAUUCCUCCUCGUGGCUGGGUUUAUGCUCUACCUGUCUCAGAAGAUAAGUGGAAACCUGAGAGAGUCUAAAGUUGAUGUUAAAGAAGAGAUAAAAGAGGAGGAUGAUGAGGAUGGGGUGAUGAAGGAGUUGCAGUUUCCCAAAGAACAAAAUGAUCUGUACCAGUACACCACGGUGGAGUCAUCCAGCUACAGAAACCCACCAGAGAGAUGUCCCUGUCCUCUGUAUUCCCGGGAUUCCACACAGGAAGGUCACACCAUCCCUCACCAUCAUCAGAAUGAAAACCCCAAGGAUAAUAUUGUUGUAAAAGAAGAGUAUAAAGAGGAGGAUGAGGAGUAUGGAGUGAUGGAGGACUUUUCAGAAGGACACAAGGAUAUGAUGGAACCACCUAAUACCAGAAACCCACCAGAGAGAUGUCUGAUAGAUACAAAAUUUGAGGUUAAAUCGGAAGAAGAAGAGACGACUGUGAGGGACGGUGGCAUCCUUCCAACAGAUAAGAGGUUUUCCUGUACUGAGUGCGGGAAGUGUUUCCAUUUUAUAUUCAAUCUUGAUGAACACAAAAGAGCUCACACAGUUGAGAAGUCGCAUUCCUGCCCAGAGUGCGGGAAGUGUUUUUUAAAGAAAGCCCAUCUUUCCCUACAUCAGAGAUCUCACACAGAAGAAAAGCGGUAUUCUUGUUCUGAGUGCGGAAAAUGUUUUUCAGGGAAGUUCGGUCUUAACAGACAUCAGAGAUCUCACACGGGAGAGAAGCCGUAUUCCUGUCCUGAGUGCGGGAAAUGUUUUUUUGAAAAAUUACAACUUGUGACUCAUCAAAUGUCUCACACAGGAGAGAAGCCGUUCACCUGUUCUGAGUGCGGUAAAUGUUUUGCAAAAAAAUCCAAACUUGUCACACAUCAGAGGUCUCACAAAGAAGAUAAGGCAUUUUCCUGUCCUGAGUGUGGGAAAUGUUUUUCAUUGAAGUCCAGUCUUUUUAGACAUCAGAGAUUGCACACGGGUGAAAAGCCGUAUUCCUGUUCUGAAUGCGGGAAACGUUUUGCAACAAAAUCAGAACUUGUGACACAUCAGAGGUCUCACACAGAGGAGAAGCCAUUUUCUUGUUCUGAGUGCGGGAAAUGUUUUUCAUUGAAGUCCAGUCUUUUUAGACAUCAGAGAUUGCAUACAGGGGAGAAGCCGUAUUCCUGUUCUGAAUGCGGGAAAUGUUUUUCACAGAUAGCCCAUCUUAACACACAUCAGAGAUCUCACACCGGAGAGAAGCCAUAUUCCUGUCCUGAGUGUGGCAAAAGUUUUGUACGAAAAUCACAACUUGCCACACAUCAGGGCUCUCACACGGGCGAGAAGCCGUAUUCAUGUCCUGAAUGUGGGAAAUGGUUUUCUAGGAAGUCUCAUCUUUACAGACAUCAGAGAUCUCACACGGGAGAGAAGCCGCAUUCCUGUCCUGAUUGCGGGAAAUGUUUUGUACGAAAAUCACAACUUGUCACACAUCAGACGUCUCACACGGGGGAGAAGCCGUAUUUCUGUUCAGAGUGCGCAAAAUGUUUUUCUAGGAAGUCCCAUCUUUACAAACAUCAGAGAUUGCACAUGGAGGAGAAGCCGUAUUCCUGUCCUGAGUGAGGGAAUUUUCACUGAAGUCCAGUCUUCCUGUACAUCAAGGGUCCCACACAACGCUCAACGUGUAUUAGCGCCUUGAGUGCAGGAAAUGUCUUCUUUAUGAAUGUUGCUGGACUUCCUGCUCAGAUCGCCGAAUCUCUUCGAAAUGACUCCCCCACAUGCUUUAAGAUAUAGACACACAUCACCAUAUAUGGUGGACCUGUCCACCAGCUCAAGCAGGCCGAAACUUUCUGCAUUUUUAUCUACCCUGUUUAAUGGUUCUCUGGA